UAUGGAUCAGGCCUUAAUCGAGAUGUCAAGUGUUGCACGUCACAAUAAGAAUUGACGACAAAUCUUGGAAUAUUGAGAAACGAAAGGAAUUUAUUAUUCGACUGCAAAUACAUAAAUAUAUAUAAUUAUGUCUAUAAAUAAUGCCACUUUGCCAAAAGCACCAAAGGAUUUAUGUUUCUCUGAGCUUGAUUUUAUACAGGAUAAUUUUGAUGUAGAUAAUUUUUUACAAGAUCACAGAAAAAAUGAUAAACUGGAGACAAUGCGUGACGAUCUUGGUGUAUACUUGAAAUUACUGAGAUCUGCUAUGAUUGAUUUAAUUAAUAGGGAUUAUACGGAUUUUGUAAAUCUAUCCAGUAAUUUAAUCGGGCUGGAUAAAGCCAUCAAUGAUUUGCAAGCGCCACUUGGACAAUUGAGAGAAGAAGUUAUGCAAGUACGACAAGCUUUGGAUGAUGAAAUUGUAUCCAUUUCAACUAAUUUAAACAACAAUUUGAAGAUAAGAGAACGUAAACAAAGUUUGUAUAGUUUACAACAUGUAUACAAGUCACUCAAGAAGCUUUCUUCUAUAUUGUCUAUGAAAACAUUCAUGGAAAAUCCUACAAAAAUCGACAUUUUGGAGCAAGCUGCAAUCGAAUUGAAUCAGUUAAAAUUUCACAUGUCUAGAUGUAAAUUGGACAUUUCAAUUGAUCAAGGAAAAGAAAGUAUAGAAUUGGAAAACUUGUAUCUAAAUUGUUUGAAUGAGUUAUUCUUAGCAUGCAUACAUGAAAAGAAUUCAAAUUUGGCAAUCCGUUGCCUCAGAAUUUAUCUUACCCUUGAUAAAAUAACAAAUGCUGAAGAAUUGGUAAGGCAUGAACUUGUAAGGCCAUUAAUUUACAAUAUUGUUAAUGAGGAGAAUCUUCAAUCUGAUCCACUUGGUCUGCAAAGUAUUUAUCAUAAAUUAUUAAAUAUUUUAAAUGUGGAAUUAAAACAAUUAUUAGAUAUCACAUUACAUCCUGAAAGAAUAUCUGUGAAAGGAUUUAAUUUUCUAGUAAAUAGCUUUUGGGCCGAAGUUGAAGAAAAGAUUGAGCAAUAUAUAAAGUCUAUUUUUGCUCCAGGAGAUCCAGUGUUAUUUCAUAAAAGAUAUACAGCUACAUUGGAAUUUUUAACAAAGUUGGAAGCAGAGUGCAUUACAUCUGAAAUCUUAAUGACAUUGAGGAAUCAUCCACAGUAUAAAAGUUUUCUUAAGAAAUGGAAUUUGCCAGUAUAUUUUCAAAUUCGAUUUCAAGAGAUAGCUGGUCACGUAGAGACAGUAUUAGUUGAGCCAGUGUCACCAGAUUCAAUCACAGGUAGUUUGAUUUCCUUGGCACAAGAAAAUUUUUCGCUUCAUGCGACUAAUGUGGUUUGGGAUAAUCUGCUAAGGAUUUGGGCAGAAAAUAUUUAUUUAUAUCAAUUAUUCCACAAGUUUUGGAAACUCAGUCUUCAAAUAUGCUCAAGGUAUCAAACUUGGUGUCAAAGUGCAAUGAAACAAGUAUGGCCAAUAAUAAAUGAAACCAACAAUUCAAAUGACUCAGAGCAUUCUACAAGAUUAAAUUUUCUAGUAUAUCUGUACACUGAUAUAAAUAAACUGAUAAAUGCAUUGCCAUCUUUUCUACAAAUGGUGCAAUCAAAAAUUAAAAAUGAUAAUGUUACUAUAUCAAAAUUAUUAGAAGAUUCUCUAGGUGAAACAGCCAAAAAUUUAGCAAAUUUGUUGCCUUUAGUUACAAAAGAAAUCGUGAAUGAGCUUUCAGAGCAAUGUGUAACAUAUUUGAAACAAGUUAGUGACAUUCCUAGAUUGUUUAGAAGGACAAAGCGAGAUGUGCCAACUAAACCUUGUUCUUAUGUAAAGAGUGCAAUAGUUCCACUUACUAAUUUCCAUAUAGAUUAUAACAAAAUCAUUCCUGAAAUUGUUAUUCUUUGGUUGGAGUUAACUUUGUCUUCACUAACGGAAAGCUAUUUGUUAUUUGUUACUGAUGUAUUGACGUCUGUACAAAAGACUGAAGAAAGUUUACGAAGAUUGAAAAAGAUUCGUGAUAAAUCUACUGGAAUUCUGCCUUCAGAAUCACAGGGUAUUAGCGACGACGAGAAGAUACGUAUUCAACUUAAGGUGGAUGUGGAUGGAUAUGCAAACAUGAUCAAAGAUCUUAAUAUCUCGAUAACCAACAUACAUCAUUUGCAAGAAUUGAUGGAUGCUGUAGAAGCAGCUGUUAAGAAAUAAGAUUUUCAUAAUAAUUUAAUUGUAUCAAAAUAUGCUGAUCAACAAUGACUUAAAUAUCUUGUUAUUUCAUAAAUUAUAAAUCUCUCUAAGCGUGAAAGUUUUAAAGUCAAGAUGUCUCAAAUCUGAACUGUUAUAAUCAAGUUUUAAUUGAUUGAAUAUUUAUUAUUUAUAUUUCUAAAAAGACUUCAUUUUAUCCCUAUUUAGUAACUAUUUUCCCUACAUUAUAU